AUGGACUACACCACCUACCAGCAACCGCAUGCGCAUGCUCACAAUGCCUACGCGCCAACUCACAACGGCCAACCUCUUCCACCUGUAACCUCUCCCACCCAACAAAACCAAGUCUCGCCCAUCAUGUCGCAACAAAACCUUGCGUAUGCUCAACAACCAAACCCCAAUGUCGGCCCUCACCAAGUCAUGCCCAUGUAUCAGCAAGGCUACCCAGUACAGAACAUGCACUAUAACAUGGGCGCAGCCCAGAUGUCUCCUACACAAGCUGCAGCCAUGGCCACGGCCGCUGCUUCCGGCAAUUACAACUACAUGUCAGAGACCAUGCAACCGCUAGCACAAGACCCUAGACAGUCACCACGCAUGGGUCAGUCAGUAAAGGCCGAGCAAAGGCAGCCUCCGAGAUCCCCUUCUCAAAGUCACAUGAACGUCAACACAACCAUGGCAGGACAGAUGGUCAUGCCAGCACCUCAAGCAUUGCCGCAACAAAUGGUCGCACGUCGCAUGAGCCAAGCAGUCCAGCCACCUCAACCAGUGAUGCAGCAACAAAGACGUUCCUCAGUUGCACCGCAAAUGGUUCAACAAGUCGUGCAGCAACACUCAUCACCGGAAGCUGCUACUGGCACUACCGAAGAAUCCCCUCUUUACGUCAAUGCAAAACAGUUCCACCGAAUUCUUAAGAGGCGUUUGGCGAGACAGAGGCUCGAGGAACAACUGCGUCUCACUAGUAAGGGGAGAAAGCCUUAUUUGCACGAAUCCCGUCACAAUCAUGCCAUGCGAAGACCGCGUGGACCGGGAGGACGCUUUCUCACAGCCGAUGAGGUGGCUGCUCUGGAUGCCGAAGCUGCAAAGAAUGGGACGGGAGAUAUGAUGCAGCAACCACCCACCAAUGGAACUAAGCGCAAGUCUGGAGAUAGUCAAUCAUCGCCAUCCAAAAAGUCACGUACGCAGUCAAAUGCUCGGAGUAUGACAUCUGAAGAAGAUGGCACCGAAGAGGGAUAG